AGUAAUCAAGGUGGAGGCGUCAACGCAAUCAUUUUGAAAAUGCAAAUCAAAUACCUAAACUCCUAGAUUUGGGUUGUUUUUUCAUCUACCGGCUAACCCGAAAAAUUACGCUUAAGAAAUAAUUAGCUCUCAAAUUACUGCUUCCAAAAAUUAACAGAUUGUUUAGUUGAUAUUAAUAAUGAUUAGAGAUGCGAUGCUUAAUUUUCCCGCAACCCUGUGUAAGACUUUAAAGUAGCAAGUGACUAUGGUUACCCAAUCAACCAAAAGAAAACACUCCACAAUCAAUAUUUUGACUUUUUGCAUCUGUUUUCUUUCUUUAUAUUUUGAUAAAUCUAAUUUAAUUUUAUAUCACCUGUACUGAAAUCAAUAGAUUAAUUGGUUAUUUAAAUUGAACUGUGAGAGUCUCAGCAAUGUUUAAUGAAGUAUUUUUUGUCAUUGAGUGAAUGUAGCAAUGAAUUUAAGUCAAUUGUAUCACAACAAAUCAAAUCUGCUCUUUUAUUUAAUCGCUUUUUGAUUAAACAUGACUUCAAAUUCUGUCGCUGGGGAAGAUGUUUUGAGUCAGGUUAUUCUGAAUGAUCUUCUCGUGCAAACUAUUCUGGAUAAUUUAAGUGCCAAACAACUGUCUCAAAGUAAAUCUGUUUGCCACCGCUGGUCUGGUAUUGUUAAAAACAUUGUCAAAAACCGUACUUCAUAUGAGACAUUCCUGUCGGUCAUUUGUCCUAAAGGAUUUGAAUCAUCUGGUAACCAGGAUAACGAGAAAGAAAAGAAAGCGAAGAAAAUCUUUCUUGAUUUAAUUAAAAAAUCGCCGGAAAUAUUGAAGUCUGAGAAUGAACAAUCCAUGUUCCAAUCAUUGGAUGCUUUCUUUUCUGACCAACUUCAAAGCUUUCCCGAACUUGGAAUUUUAUUUGUAUCAAGUACAAACCUGAUAAGAAAACUUAGUCAGAAAAAUUAUUUCCCACCAAGCUGUCGCAAGCUUUACAUCUGUUCUAGAGCUGGUAUCAUAGGAAAAUCAUCUUUAACCUCCAAACCACUUGAAUUUGAAAAAUUUCAGUUCAAAGUUAACGCGAUCGCCGGUUGUUUUGUCAAAAAGCAAUGGGGAGACUUUAAAAUAACUAUAACUGAUUGGGAUAACAAAGAAAGUCCUGAACCUGAUGUAGACGAUGCUAAUUAUCCAAUCUGCGGCCUAUUGAUUUUUUCAAUCAAUUUUGAGGAGGGCAAGCGCUUUAAUUCAUUCUUAGACAAACAGACGAAACCUAUAGCUAUCGGAGGAGCUUUGGUGGACAAAAUUUGGUAUCAAGGGCAAACAACUAAAAUGUUGACUAUGACAUUUGCAGGCAAGAAUGUCAAAUCGGCAAGCUUUGUUUUGGAUACCAAAACUGUUUCAGAAGCUCAUUGUGAACUAACACAUUUCAAAAACUGUUUGGAUUUCGAUGUUGAUGCUAAAAGCCCAAACAUCAGGACAAUUGGCUUUAUAUUCAUUUGUGCUGCCCGUGGAGCUGCAUAUUACCAGGGAGAUCUUAAUGUUGAAUCUGACCUUUUACAUUCAAUUUUCCCGAACGUCAUGUUCUCUGGUGUCUUUGGAAAUGGUGAAUAUGGAUGGGACUGCUAUAAUAAAACAGACUGUGAUCAAGAUACUCGAUCUCUUUCCCAACCUAAUCUAGCUCAGAGUUUUACUUCUGUAAUUGUUUUAGUUCAAUUCGUCAAAAGUUGAUGGCAAUACAAAAAUAACAAAGGUGGAGCCCAAAAGAAAUCGAAUUUUUUACCUUCCUCCUUUUCCCUCCUUUAUUUUAUCGAAUAAUGAUGUAAACUAUGACCAAUUUGACCAUUUACAUUGUAUCAUUAAAUUCUGCUGUUCAUGUCACAAAACGAGACAGCAAUUGAUCUAAUUUAUGUAUCAAUCCAAUAGAUUUUUCCAGCUCCAACCAUGAAUAUAUUAAAAUCCUUUUAUAAUCACUCA